AUGGCCGCCAUUCCAAACAAUUCCGGCAACAAAACCCUUGACCCUAUUCAAGAUCCAGUUUCACCCUAUUACCUUCAUCCGAGUGAUUCUCAGCUUUUAUUGGUUCCGAUUCCCUUCAAUGGUACUGGAUUCAACGAUUGGAAACGAUCUGUUACAAUCACUCUUUCAUCCAAGAAUAAACUCGCAUUCAUUAAUGGUCAAAUUCCACAACCUAAUUCUACUGACCCUAAUUUCAAAUCCUGGGAAAGAAUUAAUAGUACUAUAAUUUCUUGGUUGAUGAAAGUGCUAGAUCCUCAGAUUGCUAGAAGCGUUUUGUAUUUCUCAACUGCACAAGAAAUUUGGCAAAAUCUUGAAGAAAGAUUUGGACUCACUUCUGGAACACAGAUCUACUCUCUCACCCAACAAAUUUUUGAUAUUGACCAAGGUUCUGAUUGUCUCUCCACUUGCUUCACAAAGAUUAAGAUGUUAUGGGAUGAAUUUGAUGCUUCCAAUCCUCUACCCACUUGUAAUUGUACCAAUUAUACUUGUGGAAUCAACAACAAAUUACUGCAAAUGAGAGAAGAGCAAAGGUUAAUCCUAUUUCUCAUGAAACUUAAUCCUGCCUAUAAAACUAUCCGAGGUAAUAUACUCAUGCAACAACCUCUACCUAGCAUAUCUUAUGCCUACAGAUUAAUCAUGCAAGAAGAGAAACAUUCUGAUUUAGCCUCCCAUCUUAAUCCUACCACUGAUGAGGUUAUUGGUCUUGUUGCUGUUAAUAAACAGAAGUUCUAUAAUACUAAUACCCAUAAUGCAUCCCCAUCUCAUAAUGUCAAAUUGGAAUUGACCUAUAUACUUAAUGAUGUCACUAGUUCUGGCUUGUUAAUGACAAAAUCGAAACCAGUGUAUGAAUCAAGUUCAGCCCAAGUAUUUUAUUCAGUUGUACGUACAGUUGUACCCCUUAGCACUAGAGGUGUUUCAUGGACGAGUUAA